GCGCUGCGGCGGUCGCUGCUGCUGCUUCCUCGGGCCAUUUUGCUCCGCGCGGAGAGGUGUAGAGCAGGGCUAGAGGAGGCGCGGGCCAGAGGAAACGGCAGGAGGCGGGCUUCCCGCAUUCGCAGUGUCCGGAGGGGCUCAGCGAUCGCCGGCGAAGGGGGUCGGGGGCCCUUUCCCGGUCCCUGCAACAUGAGCUGGGGCACCGAGCUCUGGGAUCAGUUUGACAACUUAGAAAAACAUACACAGUGGGGAAUCGACAUUCUUGAAAAGUACAUCAAGUUUGUCAAGGAGAGGACUGACAUUGAGCUCAGCUAUGCCAAGCAGCUCAGGAAUCUUUCAAAGAAGUACCAGCCCAAGAAGAACUCGAAGGAAGAAGAAGAAUACAAGUACACGGCAUGCAAGGCGUUUCUUUCCACCCUGAAUGAGAUGAACGACUAUGCCGGGCAGCAUGAGGUCAUCUCCGAGAACAUGACAUCACAGAUCACGGUGGACCUGAUGCGCUACGUGCAGGAGCUGAAGCAGGAGAGGAAAUCGAACUUCCAUGAUGGACGGAAGGCCCAGCAGCACAUCGAGACGUGCUGGAAGCAACUGGAGUCAAGUAAGAGGCGCUUCGAGCGGGACUGCAAGGAGGCCGACCGCGCCCAGCAGUACUUCGAGAAGAUGGACGCUGACAUCAAUGUGACCAAAGCCGACGUGGAAAAGGCGCGGCAGCAAGCUCAAUUACGUCACCAAAUGGCAGAGGACAGCAAAGCCGAUUACUCCUCAAUCCUGCAGAGAUUCAACCAGGAGCAGUGGGAAUACUACCACACCCACAUUCCCAACAUCUUCCAGAAAAUUCAAGAGAUGGAAGAAAGGCGGAUUGUGCGCAUCGGAGAGUCCAUGAAGACGUACGCGGAGGUGGAUCGGCAGGUGAUACCCAUCAUCGGGAAAUGCCUGGACGGGAUAGUGAAGGCGGCCGAGUCUAUCGACCAGAAAAAUGACUCACAGCUGGUCGUAGAAGCCUACAAGUCAGGGUUCGAGCCUCCUGGAGACAUCGAAUUCGAAGACUACACCCAGCCGAUGAAACGCACGGUGUCAGAAAACAGCCUCUCCAGCUCAAAAGAAGGCAAGCCAGAGCUCAAGUUUGGCGGCAAGUCCAGAGGCAAGCUGUGGCCAUUCAUCAAGAAAAACAAGCUUGUGUCCCUUUUAACAUCCCCCCAUCAGCCUCCCCCUCCUCCCCCUGCCUCUGCCUCACCCUCUGCUGUUCCCAACGGCCCCCAGUCUCCCAAGCAGCAAAAGGAACCCCUCUCCCACCGCUUCAACGAGUUCAUGACCUCCAAACCCAAAAUCCACUGCUUCCGGAGCCUAAAGCGUGGGACUCAGUCUUUGUGUUAUCACAGAGAGCUCAUGAAGAGGACUCUAGGGAAGCCCACGCAUGCCUUCGAGGCUAGGGCCUAUGUUCUUUCUCUCAAGCUGGGUGCCACACCAGAAGACUUCAGCAACCUCCCGCCUGAGCAGAGAAGGAAAAAGCUGCAGCAGAAAGUGGAUGAUCUCAAUAAAGAGAUCCAAAAGGAGACGGAUCAGAGGGACGCUAUCACUAAAAUGAAAGACGUGUACCUAAAGAACCCUCAGAUGGGAGACCCGGCCAGCUUGGACCACAAACUUGCUGAAGUCACCCAGAACAUAGAGAGACUGCGGCUGGAGACCCAGAAGUUUGAGGCCUGGCUGGCUGAGGUGGAGGGCAGACUCCCAGCACGGAGUGAGCAGGCACGCCGGCAGAGUGGAAUGUAUGACGGUCAGACACACCAGACAGUCACUAACUGCGCCCAGGACCGGGAGAGCAGCCCAGAUGGUAGUUACACAGAAGAGCAAAGCCAGGAGAGCGAGCUCAAGGUGCUGGCCACAGAUUUUGAUGAUGAAUUUGAUGAUGAGGAGCCACUUCCUGCCAUAGGGACCUGCAAGGCCCUCUACACAUUUGAAGGUCAGAAUGAAGGCACCAUUUCCGUGGUGGAAGGAGAGAUGCUGAGUGUGAUCGAGGAGGACAAGGGCGAUGGGUGGACUCGCAUCCGCAGAAAUGAAGACGAGGAGGGCUAUGUCCCUACUUCCUACGUCGAAGUCUAUUUAGACAAAAACGCCAAAGGUGCUAAGACUUAUAUUUAAUCCACUUAAAACAAAUACAAAAACCCUUAAAAGCAUUGGAGUUGUCUCUCCCAACCGCUUUGGCUGCCGUAGGCCUUCAAGAGGCCAGCAGAGAGCAAGUGAUGCAGACACUCGGGGAACUGGGGCAUCUCGUGCCUGAGUUUGCUGCCCCCUUGGCUGUGUGCAGAGCUGCCCCGGCCUGCUUACAGCUGUGUUGUCUCAAAUCUCAUCAGUGUUUCCAUUCCUUUCAACAAAAAUAUGUAGAUUUUUAAAAUGUGUGGUGGUGGUUCAUACCUAUAAUCCCAGCACUCAGGAGGCUGAGUAAGGAGCAUCCCACCGAGUUUCAGGCUAGCCUGGGCUACACAGUAAGACUCAGUAGAAAUUAAGUAAACGAACGUUAACAUUUGUUAUUUCAUCAAUGGAACUGAGUAAUGUCUCCCAGCCCUUUAGUAAAGAUGAUAACAUUUUCUUAGUGCCCAUACCGAGUGUCCUUACAGUUGCUGCUCAGGCCCUUUUGUUGUCUGAGUGUCCCAAACAACCAAGAUAUGUCCAGAAAGGUGUGCUCCUGUCCCAAACAACCAAGAUAUGUCCAGAAAGGUGUGCUCCUUGAGCGAUUUAACUUUGACAUGACAUGACAGUCUUCUGGCUCCACCCGGCGGCCUCAGUCGAUGGUGGGGUGCCUUCAAGCUGGUGAGGCAGAUGUACAGCAGCUAGUCGCCCAACACCCUGGGGUCGUGAUGUUUCCAUACUCGGUUCUAUUCCUGCCAGAAGGUUUGCCAUGAGCAGAACCUGGUGUACCACUGCACGCAACAACCCCUGCAAGUCCCUUUUUAAGAGGAAGUUUUUUUUUUUUUUUUUUUUAAAUCUUUGGCAACUAUAAGACCCAAAGUUUGAGCUUCCUAGGCAUCAUUUGUGGUUUCUGGCACAUUUGAUCUGGCUAACUACAGUCAGAAUAAAAUAAACAGUCUCCGUGUUCUAAAGGAAUCUGGGCCAUGCGGGAAUUUGCAUUUUUAAGUCAGUGCUGAUACUGGAGGGGAGAGAGUGGGAUUGGUGAUAUCCAGAAGUGGUCCAGGACUGAACUAUGUUCAUCAUGACCUCAAGGUCACCAGGGAGCUGCAUCUGUCCACAUCUGAUCCUUUUGUUGUUGUUGUUGGAGACAGGGUUUCUCUGUGUAUUUCUGACCAUCCUGGAACACGCAUUCUGUAGUCCAGCCUGGCCUUGAAUUCAGAGACCCACCUGCCUCUACCUCCCAAGUGCUGGGAUAAAAGCAUGUGCCACCACCGCCUGGCUCACAUCUGGUCCUUCCUGUUUGACUUUGGAAAUUAUUUACAUCUUAUUAAGCACAAAAUAGAUCUUUGCCUCUAUAUUAGGGGCUCAUUUUAAUAAGCUGUUUUGUUUGUUUGUUUGUUUUUAAUGUGGUUGGGGAUGGGAUCGGGCUGUGUGCUCGCUGGCAGAUUCUCUACCACUGAGUUGUAGCCCCUGCAAUGACUCUAAAAGUGACAGCUAUACCUCUGUCUGGGCUCAGGAACCUGAAACAGUUUCAAGAUUCUGGCAAUGAUUUCUCCUGAAUUUCACAAGGGCCUGUGAAGUGUCAUUGAGCAAGGUGUACUUACCAACCGCCUGGCUCUUAAAGACUUUUUUUUUUUUUUUUAGCCAGUGUCUUGCUAUGGAACCCAGGCUAGCCUUGAACUCUGUCUCCCUGUCUCAGUCUUGUGAUUGCUACGCUAAAGACAAUAUUUUGAAGUAGUGAUGGGCUCUUGGCAGUUACAAAGGUGGCACAAAGGGUCCCAUGCCCUCUCCAAGGCCCCAGCAGCCAUACCUCACAGUCUAGUACAGUCUCAGAAAUAGGAAGCUGGCCCAGCCCACCUGACAUUCAGUGCACAUUAAUUUUGUGUUUCGUGUGAGUAACUUUCGCUGUCACGGUGUAUUCAAAGUCAGUCGUCCCAGGGCCCCUUCAGGUGAACGGCUUGCUGGGUGAAAUGGAGGGGUUUCCCUUGUGUAAGUUGGGGUGGUCACAGUUUUAAGUGUGUGUUGCUAAACCGAACCCUAGCAUCCUAACAUGAACGGGCCCAACACCAUCUGCGCUGAGUGAUACUGGAUAGCUCCCGCCUCCUUAGUGGUAAUGAUAGAAAUUCCUCCUAUAGUCUGCUGUCCGAAAAGGGAGAUUGGAGGUGUGGUUAGGGGAAGAUGGCUCAACAGAGACAGGCAUCUGUCCCCAAGCCUGGGUCUCACGUGGCUGAAGCAAAGGACCACCUCCCAAGAGUUGACCUCUGACUUUCCUAUGCCAUGACACAUGUGCUUACCCACACAAAGCAAGCACAACUCAGUGUAAGAAACCAGAGAGCAGGGCGGUGGGGGCACACGCCUGUAACCCCAGCCGGAUCUCUGUGAGGUCGAGGCUGGCCUGGAACGGCCAGCCAGGGCUACAUAGUGAGACCUUGUCUCAAAACAACAGAAAAUAAAUAAACAAAUGCAUAGAGGGAGAGAUGAGCUGUCUGUAGCUUUUUCCUGUUAUUUGGAAGGUAUAUCUGAGAUUAACAGUCACCUGGGAGCUAUCCCCAGCCUGGGGGCAGGUAUCAUCCCACCUAGCCUCUCCCAAACCUUGUUCCCCAUGUCCCAAACCCCUACAAGUCCAGUUGCUGCUCCCCAACUCCCAAGAAUUCAAAGCAGCUCUUGGAUUUUUUUGGGAGGGGGAUUCCAAACAGGACCUGGAACUUGCUCUGUGAACCAGGCCAGCCUCAAACACAGAGACCUGCCUGCCUCUGCAUCCGGGAUUAAAGGUGUGUGCCCGCCACUGCCCAGCUGCACCUUCUGGAUUUUUAUAAAAUAGUGCCAGGGCACUUUCUGUGUAUGUGUGUGGUAUCUAUGACAUACUUAAUCAUUGCCAAAAUCCUAGAUUAUUCUGAGUCUCGUGGGGUAAUGUUGCUUUUUACAUCACCUUCGUUGAGCAGGCCCAUAAUCCUGCCCCGCAGGGGAUAUUUGUAUAUAUUGCAAUUUGAAAACUGAACAGAUUCUUUGAACAGUGUUGUUUUAGUCUUUUACCUAUCUGAUUUAUUUGUUAUUCUUCUGUCUAACCACUUUUUGUUUUUAUAACUAUUGGGGAGGCCCGAGGACUCUUGCACUGUAGCUAGGUCCGGCUGGCUGCUGCGCACUUGAGUUUAUUGUAAAACCCUGGGUUCUGAGUAAGUUGUUUGAAUACAGCUGUCAUGGUUGUUUCUUUCUAUUCUCAUCCUAAGAGAAAAGAAUCUGCCUGUCAUCCUCCAGUUGUGCCCUCGUAUCUGCCUCUCUAAUAAAUGUUAUUAUUUUUUCUUG